GUUCCUUGUGAUAGCGAAUUGGUGAUCAGUUUUUGUGCAAUAAAGGUCUAAUAAAUCCUUUUUUGCCCCGCAAAAUCACUUAAAAACAAACUUCUUAGUAUCUUUAGAACGUUGGCUAACAUCAAAAUCCAACAAUGGAUGAAGACUAUGACGUGAUUGUGCUUGGAACUGGUCUGAAGGAAUGUGUUCUUAGUGGAAUCUUCUCCAUAGAUAAGAAGGUGGUACUCCACAUGGACAGAAACAAAUACUAUGGUGGAGAAAGUGCCUCCUUGACGCCGAUUGAUGAGUUUUGGAAGAAGUUCACUCCAAAAAAGACGGCUGAAGAAAUCACUGCACUUUGUAAAAAAUAUGGAAAGCCACGUGAUUGGAACAUAGACACUGUUCCUAAGCUCAUUAUGGCCAAGGGUAAACUCACUCACUUACUAAUCCAUACGACCACCGACAAGUACCUGGACUUCCAGUUGGCCGACGGAAGCUACGUUCAAAAAUUGGCCAAUGAGAAAACUGGUGCAGGAAAGUUGCACAAGGUGCCCUCGAAUGCUGAAGAGGCUCUUAAAUCAAGCUUGAUGGGUAUCUUCGAGAAGAGGAAGUUUCGAAGCUUCAUCAUGCACGUGGAUCAGUUUGAAGAAAAUGACAAGAAGACCUGGAAGGGAAUGGACCCCCAUAAGAUGACCAUGGCAGAGAUAUUCUUGCACUUUAACUUGGACAAAAACACUCAAGACUUUGUUGGACAUGCUUUGGCUUUGUACAGAGAGGAUAGUUAUUUGACGCAGCCUUACUAUAAAACUUUCCUGGCCAUCAAACUGUACCAAAGGUCUCUUGAUCAGUACGGCAAAUCGCCUUACCUGUACCCAUUGUACGGUUUAGGCGAACUACCACAGGCAUUUGCAAGGCUGUCCGCUGUGUACGGCGGGACCUACAUGUUGGAUAAACCAAUCGAAGAGCUUGUUAUGGAGGAUGGGAAAUGUGUCGGCGUCAAGUCCCAGGGCCAGAUCGCCAGGGCCAAAAUGGUCGUCUGCGAUCCGUCGUAUGCUCUUGACAGAUGCAAGAAAAUUGGUGAUGUCGUAAGAGCUUACUGUUUUCUGGAUCACCACAUACCAAACACAAAUAAUUCCAACGGCGUGCAGAUUAUCAUUCCGCAGAAUCAAGUGAUCCCAAGGCGAAAGUCAGACAUCUAUAUAUCGAUGGUGUCAGCCACCCACAAUGUCACUGCUAAGGGGUACUUCAUCGCCACGUGUAGCACAACGGUUGAGACGGCCACACCGGAGGAUGAGCUCAAACCCGCGAUUGACUUACUGGGCCCCUGCAUGGAUAAGGUCUAUCACGUAUCGCCAAUGUAUGUGCCUGUCGACGAUGGCAAGGAAAGUAAUAUAUUCAUCAGCAAGUCAUAUGAUGCAACUAGCCACUUCGAGACGACAUGCGAAGACAUCGAUGCCAUCUACGAGCGUGCUAUGGGAAAAAAGUUUGACUAUUCUCAGGUCAAAUACCAGAGAGAAGAACAAGAGUAAUAGCAUCAUUGUCAUCUAGGUUCAUGUUGGUAAUGUUACUAACUAUUACAGGAUUGAGGCGGACGUGUAACAAUGUUAAAAAUUUGGUAACGAUUCGAAAAAUGUGUUACCAAAAACUCUCAAUGAAAACAUAGCGCUUACUUUGAACGCAUUGAACAUCUCUGAUGAGGGUUUAUCAUUCUUUGGAUCUUCAUAUUGUUUUACUAAACUUGGAAACUGAACUGUGUCUCAUUCCUCUAUGAGUUUGAAUAACUUCAUUGCGUUGGUCAAGUUCAUAAGGGACCAGUCAUUUAGUACGUACACACGAUUGUCAGAAUUUUAUUAACCCCUCCCCUAUUGUAUGCAAGAGCCCACACACCCUCCUACGUAGGUGUGUAAAAAAAUGUCGGUUGAUACUUGUGUAUGUAGACAAUGCAAUGGUUGGUGUCGUUAUGCUGUUUGAUAGAACACUUUUUUGGUACAAAUGCAAUAGAACAUAUCAUCUUCUUGGCAAGUAAAAAAGGUUCCAUUAUCUUUCAACCCCUUGCCCCACCCACCCCUAUACACACAGGUAUGUGGAAUAAACUUAAAUUUACACCCAUCUCCCCCUUUGUGUGUAUGUACCCAAUGAACAGCCAAGCCCUAAGCUUUAUAACUUGUGUUGUUUUGGCAGAGUCUGUCUAGAAGACCAGUAUAUAAAACAUCUGGUAAAGCUGAUCAUCUUUUUGCAAGUAGGACUCUUUCAAUUAGUCGGCCAUUAUAAAAGUACAGUAAAUAUUGAUAAGAUUUGAUUAGAUUUGUGCCAAUACAACAAAUUUUUUCUUAAUACGUGCUUUUCUGAAAUGUGCUUUGGUUAAUUUGUUUCUUGUUGUAUUGGAAUGGCGAAAUAUCCAUUAUGAUCUUAGAAAUUCUGAUCAACUUGAUUAACUGAUGGAUGCUGUACUGUAUGUCUUGGUACAAAGUGUCCCAAUUUGUACAGCUGUGGAAUUGCUAGUGGUUCAUCACUGUAGGUUCUGUGGUCGUCUUUAAAUCUGGGCCUACCGUGGAUCCUACCAAGUAUUGAACAAUCCAUGUUGCCUUCUAAUACAUAAUGGGAAAAUGCAUUACUUGAUGCACGAGGUGAACCUCUCUACCUGUUGCUGAAGGAGUGAAUGACUAGUAAUCUUUGCACAGUCUGCUUUUAUAGUAGAGGCCCAUGUUUAAAAGGUAGUGCAUCGAUAGUUGGAUUGUUGUAUAUGCUAGGAUCUACCACUCGAUAUUGUCUCGUGUUCAUAAUAUUAUUUUGGAAACAUGAUAUCUUAAAUCGCUUCUUUUAAUGUCUUUUUUCAUCAUGUCAUCCAACUGCAAAAUUAAGGUUUAUAAAUUAAAAGUAAGUUUCAGAAUUCCUGAAGAGCAGCUGACAAGUAUAGCUGUGUGAUGUGUUAUCCUGUGUGGUCCCUUUAAAUUUGACACAAAAUACCGCGUGUUGUGUUCUAGGUGAUUAUGUACAUGGCAACUGAAGAGAAAUGUCCCAUAUCAUCUUAUGAGUAUGUGACCAAGAUGGCCGCAUGUUCGUAGAUGUGAAAUGGGUAGUUUUAGUAAAAGUAUGACUAGUCAUUUGUUUCCUAAACUCUUAUAACUUUUUUCUCCCACUAUGGUUUCUUCUCUGGAUGAUGCAGUUUUAGACCAACAGCGUUAGUUUACCCAGUAAGUGUUUAGAUGCUAGGAGUACAUGUCUUCUCUGUCCUACUCACUGUAAAAGCUAUAACCGACAAGCUCUUGUUGAUGGAACUAGUGCACCUAAAUGGGCAGUAGAUAAAUUUUCAAAUACUGUCGUUCAAUCUUGAAAUGAAUGUAUUUAAAUCAAAGCAUUGUCAUAGCCAGUGCCGUUUAGAGUUACUUUAUCUCAAAUUUGCCAGGGAAGGUGCUUGUGUAUGUGAACAUUUUAACCGUCGUUGAGUGUUUUGUAGGAACUAUUUUAAUUUCACAUCAAGCAAUACUCCGAGGAUUUUACGCUUGUCAAGGGUAAUUUGUCACCUAUGUGAUUGGCUUAAUUGUACAGGGUCCUUGCCCAGACCAGGGCACAGUAGCGACGACCGCCUUAAAGUCGAUUCUGACGUCUUAGGGCAACAGCUCAACCCUGUUUCAUAGGAUGCAUGCUGUUUUAGCAAAUUUGAGAUAAAAUGAACUGAUAUGUAGAAUUUUGCAAGUGUAUAAUGGUAUAAUCGUAACAUUCGUCAGACUCGCAAGUAUCCAUUUGAUUUUAAAAAAUCAUAUUCUGAAGUUGUCGAAUUGUAAAUGCAAAUUUUGUGUACAUACUUUGAUUGGUUGUAAUCAGGAUAUGUGUUGUAGUAGUCAUAUGUACAUAGCAUGACGGACAGACGCCCUGCGCUAGGACUCUGGAUGCAAAAGGCCCAUACUUGAAGGCUAACAGAAAAAUGUCAUGUGCUUUUUGUUGUUUCUUGUCAUGAAGAAGUCUUUUCCAGAGAGUGGCUACAUCGAUUCAUGAUGUAACUUAUCAGCCUCUUGUCGUGUUAUGACAUGUUACUGACAGGCUUGUGGCAAGUGACAAGUGAAUCAUGAGAAGUGACAACAUGAAUUCAAUUUUAACCCAGCCUAUUGAGACAUUGUUAUUGCGCAACUGUGCAGUUUAGGUGUAGGGUGGUUGCAUCACGUCUGUGUAUUUACUGUACUGCAUGUAUGUGCUAGAAGUAAAAUAUUAGGCACCAGUCAUAAACACAAUAUAAGAAAAUAUAGUCCAGUGUUCUCCACACCCAUCAGAAAAAAGGGAGGGGCACCCCUCUCGAUUUUUUGCAUUUUCCCCUUAAAUUCAAUUUUGUAGUGGUUGUCCAUUGGGUUGCUGCAUCCGCCUAGAACCUCUUUUCCAACUCUCUUAUAACUCCAAUCUAUGUAUUCAAUUCUACCACUCCCCUAGAAAAUUCCAUGGAGAGCACUGCGUACUUAUACAAAGUGAUUUAUUCUCACUGAAAAAGUAAGGCUUCUGUAAUCUUUAUACAAUUUCAGAAGAGAAUUUGAUUUUUUUAUGCACCCCUUGGUGUAAUAUGAUAUUGUCUUGGUUACAUGUAUGAUUAAACACAGUAUCUCAAAAUAUUAUUUUGUGUGACUUUCUUGUAUGGCUUACUAUUUCAUUCAAAGUUGAUUUUCAUGUGUGACUUUUCCAACCCCUAUAUUAGGGCGUAAUCAUAAGUGGCCUCUUCAUUUGCGUGAUUUCGAUAUAAAGCAUAGACUAAAUUGCCAAAAUGAAGACAUUUCAUUCUCCGAGAAAGAUGUUACGAUGAAGUCCAUAGUUUUUAACCUCUUCGCGCGCCUAUGAACUCGAGUUAGGCACUCCUAGAUUCCUCCUUGAGGUAGACCUGUGCCGUGAUGCUUUUAUCUGCUUGGCCGUGGGGGCGGUUCUGUCGAUUUGUUCGUCGGGGGAGUCGGCUACUCAAGAUUCUUCUAAUUUCAAAUAGGAAGAACUAUCAACAUGUCACUAUGUGCAUGUGCGUAUAUUUUGUUGCAAUAUUGUAUGAUAGUUGGGUAAUCAUGUGCAUUGAUGAAGGUAAUGAUGAAGCCAGUGCAUUUAAUAGAUCGUACAUCAUUUAGAAAUCCCUUCAAAUGCCUGUACAGUGUGUAACAAAAAAACUUGAUUUUGUUGAACAACUUGGCUUUUCUGUAGUAUGCAUUUACACUACUCAUUCUUGCUGCUCGUGACAUGGUACCUUUUACACUCGUAAUAGUUGAUGCUGAUUCAAAUGCACCUCCACUGACCCUGCAGGGAGUGAAUUUUUGUUGCGCACUAACUACAACUGUCGCAGGGUGCUGCAAUAAAAAUUUCCUGUAGUUAUGUUUGCAUGGCAGUUGGCACUAGAGAGUGUAAAUUGAUGAACUCUUGAUCAAGUUUCCAUGAGACUUGAUGAAAUUUUCACAAGUCUUGUAAAUUUGUUUCAUUAAGUCAUUGUAUCAAUCUGGAAGAAUAAAGCUUCUUAAUUAUCUAUAGUGAAA